ACGUCACUUCGCAAGGACAAGGAUGGAACAUUGCGGACUGUGUACUUCGGCUGUUCUCUACACGAUUCUUCAAUAUUAAUUGUGCUUGACAAUCUUUCUUUCUCCUUCUGAUUUCGAUCUCAUACAAUUACGUCCGAUCUGCCGACCUGCUACAUUAGAUACCGAGUUAAGAAACACCACAAGCCAUAUUCACCUGAACUGUACAAAAUCACAAGCAAAAUGGAAGACAACCACAUCUACCAAUACUCCCUCCUCAACGCCCUAAUGGACGGCGUCUCCGAAACCGGCAUCCCCGUCUCCAAACUGCAAACAAAAGGCAACCAAGGCCUGGGCACCUUCUCGCGCAUGAACGGCGAACUGCUCUUCCUCGACGGCAAAGUCUACCAACUGCAAGCCGAAGGCAACAUCCGGGAAGCCGACGCGAGCGAUCAAAUCCCCUUCGCCGUGAGCACGAACUUCGUCCCGCAGCAGACGACGACGGUGGAGUUCCGGGACAAGAACGAUAUCGAGACGGCGCUGGAUGGGUUUAAUGCGAAGGCGGCGAAUUUGUACAUGACGUAUCGCAUUACGGGACGGUUUGAGUAUUUGAAGUGUCGGACUGUGAGGGGGCAGCAGUUUAAGGGGGAGUCGUUGUCGGAGUUGGGGAAGAGGCAGUCGGUGGAGGAGUAUGAGAAUGUCAGCGGGACGGUGAUUGGAUUUCGCACGCCCAAGAAUUGGCAGGGGUUCGGUGUAGCUGGUGAGCACCUACAUUUCGUCAACGACGAUCGGACUGCUGGAGGACAUGUCCUGGAAGUCACGGCGCAGCAAGUGCAGAUGCAGAUGGCUCUUGUCGCCAAUGUGCAUAUUGAACUGCCUACUAAUGCCGACUUUAAUGCGGCGCAUUUAGUUACUGACGAUGAUGGGGUGAAGAAGGUAGAGGGGUAGUGUCAUGCAGUCGAACGAAAUCUUUUAUUCUG